AUGUCGUUCCAUGGUUUCACUGGAUCCGGAAAGAACUACGUUGCUGAAAUAAUAGCCAAUAGCACUUUCAAAAAAGGUCUGAGGAGCAAUUUUGUGCACCAAAUUGUCGCCAGUUCCGAUUUUUAUGAUAAAGACAAGAUUGCAGAGUACAAGGUACAAUUACGAGCACGAAUACUAGAUGCGGUGAAGAAAUGUAACAGAGCAAUGAUCAUCUUUGAUGAAGCUGAUAAACUUCCUGAACAACUACUUGGUGAGUCGUGGACUCCUUGUGGCUACAAGUUGUAA